AUGGUCCUCGAGGAGGCAACCUCACGAGCCAUUACUUCUGCCGCGACUCGCUUUGAGCCGAGUGGUCACGGAUGUCUAGCGUUUGGAGAUGUUGCACGUAUGAUAGAUGAUCGUAUAGCUGACCAAACAAUGCCGGUAAUGGUCAGCUUGUCUGGAAAUUCCAGCUCUUCUCUCACCCUAUGUCCAUACGAUUUCGACCGGGCUUCCUUGGCUUCGGGCGCUGAAACCACCCUUGACGAUGACCAGUCUAUAGUAUGGACCGUCCCAGGUGGCCCUGUGCAGCAAGUAUCUUCCUCAGAGGCUAUGAAUGAACAGCGCAAGAAUUUUGCAGCCAGGCUUUCCUUCUCCACCACUAUUUUCAGCCCGAUUUACCACCGAAUCCCAGUUCCAGUGAUUUUAAAUGACAAGGACAAAUAUGCUGAGCAGUACCUACUAGCUAAGAUUGAUCCGAACCCACUUGUUAAUAUAUCAUGUCAAUUGACUGGUGGCCAUACCCACGCCUCUGUUACGUUUAACCCUUGGUACCAGCGACAGGUUGCCCUAAUUGAUCGUGUAGGGAACUGGAGCGUCUGGGAUUUACAACACAGACAACAGCGGAAAGCUGGUUGGUUUGCAGAGCGUGGGCCAAGUGGCUCUCUACGACUUUCGGAGUUAGAGGGAAGUCUUGAGCAUAUCGAUCACUUUGACGGUUGGGGUGCAAUAUCAUGGGUCGGAACCAUCCACCAACUGUUACCAGAAAACGCCUUCUCACAUAUUCGUGUUGACGACCUCAAGGAUAUUUUGGCUAAAUAUAUCGCCGCCCGAAGACUCUCGCCUUAG